UUAAUACAAAAAAAUAUAACAGGGCUCAAACUUUCUUGUAUUUGUGUCUGUGCAGUCCUCCCACAACACUGUGUGAUAGAAGAAGAUCAUCUCUGGAACCAACAGAGGAACUUCAGAGUGGAACAGAAUGAUCCAGAACCCACGCAGAUUAAAGAGGAACCGGAGGAACCAGAACCUCUACAGAUUAAAGAGGAGCAAGAAGGGUUCUGCAUCAGUCAGGUUAAAGAGCAGCCUGAUCUAAAGCAGGAGAUGGAAACAUUGAUGGAAAUUAGAAGUUUGAAUAAAAAUGAGAACGAUGAAGCCUAUCUAAGCAAUCAACAGAGCUUCAAUGGAACUGAUACUCAGGAUGAAGAAGGAAACCAACAUCAAGAAUCAACAUCAACUCCAGAUGAAGAGACAGAGCCACAGAACAGAGAUCAGAGGAAGAGAAGAGACAGAAGUCAUGUCCAAAGUGUGGCCAGCUCUCACAUGUCAGAAGUCAAACCCCGGUAUUUGCUGACUGAGGAGGAUCUCUGCAACCAGCAGAGGAACUUCAGAGUGGACCAGGAGAAUCCAGAAUCUCCACAGAUUAAAGAAGAACUGAAGGAAACAAAACUUCUACAGAUUAAAAUAGAGCAAGAGGAACCAGAACCUCCACAUAUUGAAGAGGAACAAGAGUAUCCAGAAUCCCCACAGAUUGAAGAGGAGCAGGAGGAACCCCAAACUAUACAGAUUAAGGACACUUAUACCUUGAUGGAGAUUCCUACUUUUGAGGAACACGAGAACAGUGAAGCAGAUGGAAACACUCAGCAGAGCUUUAAUGGAACUGAUAGUCAGGAUGAAGAAGGAAACCAACAUGAAGAAUCAACAUCAACUCCAGAUGAAGAGACAGAGCCACAGAACAGAGAUCAGAGGAAGAAAAGAGACAGAAGUCAUGUCCAAAGUGUGGCCAGCUCUCACAUGUCAGAAAGUCAGUGUGGCUCUGAUGGUAGUAAAAAGUUCAAGAUGACAACUUUGGUGAAGAAAUGCAAACAAUCCCUAAAAGAAAAGAGACUUUGCUCUGCAGGGUCUGGUAAAAGAACAAGAAUUUCACAUGAUGUUUCUGUCCACAUGAGAACUAAGUCUGAUGAAAGACCUUAUGUCUGUAAAGAAUGUGACAAAAGUUUUAGUUAUGCAUAUAAACUUAAGAGACACAUGAUAAUUCACACAGGAGGAAAGCCUUUUAUGUGUAGAGAAUGUGAUAAUAGUUUUAGUCGAAAAUCUCAUCUCAAUAGACACAUGAGUAUUCAUACAGGAGAGAAGCCUUUUUUGUGUAAAGAAUGUGACCAAACUUUUAGGAUUGAAGACAGUCUCAAAAUACACAUAAGAAUUCAUACAGGAGAGAAGCCUUUUAUGUGUAGAGAAUGUGACAAUAGUUUUAAUGAUAGAUCUUCUCUCAAAUCACACAUUAGAACUCAUACAGGAGAGAAGCCUUUUUCGUGUAAAGAAUGUGAUAGAAGUUUUAGUAAUACUUCUCAUCUCAAAUCACACAUGAGAACUCAUUCAGGAAAUAAGCCUUUUACGUGUAAAGAAUGUGAUAGAAGUUUUAGUAAUACUUCUCAUCUCAAAUCCCACAUGAGAACGCAUACAGGAGAGAAGCCUUUCUCGUGUACAGAAUGUGAUAGAAGUUUUAGUCAAAUAUCAACUCUCAAAUCACACAUUAGAACUCAUACAGGAGAAAAGCCUUUUUCGUGUAAAGUAUGUGAUAGAAGUUUUAGUCAAAAAUCUGCUCUCAAAUCACACAUGAGAACUCAUACAGGAAAUAAGCCUUUUACGUGUAAAGAAUGUGAUAGAAGUUUUAGUAAUACUUCUCAUCUCAAAUCACACAUGAGAACGCAUACAGGAGAGAAGCCUUUCUCGUGUACAGAAUGUGAUAGAAGUUUUAGUCAAAAAUCUCAUCUCAAAAGACACAUGAGAAUUCAUAUAGGAGAGAAGCCUUUUUUAAAGCAAGGGAAACCCACAGGGGAGCCAUGAAGAAAAGACAAUAAUUAUUUUAAGGGCCAUGUAAAAUAAAAAUGUAAAAAGCGUAUUAUUAUGUUCAGUCCUCACUAUUAACAAUCCAAAAGCAGUAUUUCUGAUCCAUUCUCGCAUUUCUGAGUAAUCAUCUAAAAAUUUGUGCUUUGAGCACCAGUCCCUCCUAACCCACAAAAACGAGCAGGUUCUCACAAGCUGAAAUCACAAAGUAAGGACGGCCCCUUUCAGGAAGUGUCUCCACUGCUAGCACUGCCCCAGGAUAAACAUCUUCAAAAUUCUUUCAUUUUAGCAUUGAGUCUGAGAAGAAAUGGGUUCCUCUUUCACCUGAUCUGCAGAGACAGAUUAGAUCUAUAUGGAUAUAGUUUACUCUGAAAGGCUUAAGAAUAACAUGAUAAAGACCCUUAAAACGGUCUGUCAGUUGGUAAAAUGAAGUUAGUUUCUAAAACACUUCACUGCUGACCAAUGUUCCCUCUAAGCUGCGCACGUGCGCAAUUGCGCACUGCUCCCACGCCCGUUGCGCACAGCAAAUCUAUUCUGCGCACAAAAUAAAAUUUAUUCUAAACUUUAAAUAAAAUUAUCAUAUAGGCAGGGCUGUAAAACACAUUAAUCUGACAUGUGCUUGAUGCCGACAAUUUUUUUGACGCAUUGAUCGCGGAUGUUUCUCAUACGUGCCUUUCCAUACCGCGCGCGGGCGUCCCGCCCCUCUCUCAGCGGCUGCUCUCACUCGAUCACGGGCGGGUCUCCAACCACCGAGCUGCUAGCUAGAACCGGCCCGGCACUAGGACCUGGAGAGCUCCUGCACCCUAACCCGGCUCCGGCUCGCGUCCAGUACCAAGUUUGGUGGUACCGGCUUGUGUCCGGCGCCGCGUCCCGAGAGCUGAGGACCCCUGACGUUCCGAA